GGAACAACAAUGUAUGAAAGAAGAUUUGACUGUCGAACCUGACUUGCGUAUCUUGCGAUAUACGCUGGUCUGGGGAGCUUCGCAUACUUGGCGGACAUGACAGAAAUGAUUGCUCAUCGACGACAACGUCGUCGGUCGGGCGCGCUUGAGACGAUCACACGCGGAUGCCGUCUAUGGACUAGCCAGACACGCGAGCAUACGCCUGGUUCAUAUGCGAGCAUACGCCUGGUUCAUACGCGAGCAUACGCCUGGUCCGGUACGCGAGCAUAUGCUCGGCCCAACAGUCAAUCACGCGAGUACUCAUCAAGCGCUCGCCCAAGGUUCGCCAUAUAUCGCUCGCGGUGUCUCACGCCAUUCUUAGUCUCCACACCUUGCGAUGGUUGCUUUCAAUACUCUCUCCUUCUUGUGGUUGGUGCCAGUAAAGUAGUCUUUCUAAGCGCUCACUAUGCUCUCAGGACGAGCCGGACGAGGACAUCACCUUGGUAUCAUCAACUACACGAAUCCUCGUCCAUAAUACGCCUCGUGCAGAACACCCUCGGCUUUCCUAGAGCCAGAGAACGUUACCCUCGACCAUCGUGGGCAGUCUAAGCUAGUGCUGGCGGCGGCAACAUCGUCGAGGGGUGACCCGAGUAUCUUCGAAGAUUCAGCGGCUGACUCCUUCGCGUCAGGUCUCUGUACGUAACAUCGUUGA